AUGUUUUGCCGUAAUCAAACAGCGCGAGCGACCGUGGCCCGCGGCUCGGCUCUUGAAAUGGAGAUACGGCGAGGGAAGUUCAGAAAGAGCGUUUUCCUGGACACAUCACAGGACAGCGAUAUCCAGAAGAAGAUUGACCAUGAGAUCCGGAUGCGUGAUGGGGCCUGCAAGCUGCUGGCUGCCUGCUCCCAGAAAGACCAGGCGUUGGAGGCGGCAAAGAGCCUGCAGACCUGCAGCACUCGUAUCAUGGCCUACAUGUCAGAGCUGCAGAGGAUGAAGGAGGCACAGGUCAUGCAGAAGGUGACACGGAGGUCUUCAGACGCAGGGCCCAUGGACAACAGACUCCCGUGCAAAGGAAAAGUCGCCAUCUCAGAUCUGCGGAUCCCUCUCAUGUGGAAAGACACAGAGUACUUCAAAAACAAAGGAGAGCUUCAUCGGUGUGCCGUGUUCUGCCUGCUGCAGCUGGGAGGAGAGAUCUUCGACACAGACAUGGUGAUAGUGGACAGGACACUUACAGACAUUUGCUUUGACAACACCAUCGUAUUUAAUGACGCCAGCCCGGGGUUUGAGCUGCGUGUUGAGCUGUACAGCUGCUGCUCAGAGGACGACUACUCUGCAGGGAGCACGCCGAGGAAACUAGCCAGUAAACUGAGCUCGUCGCUGGGGCGAUCGGCUGGGAAGAAGUUCCGGGCAGCAAUGGAGCCUGGGCCAUGUAGUCCUGUUAGCAACGGAGGCGCAGCUCCUCUUUUGUUGCCAGUUCCCUCUGUACCGGGCCCUAAGUACCACCUCUUAGCUCAUACCACCCUGUCGCUGUCCCACGUCCAGGACAGCUUUCGCACACAUGACCUCACCAUCUCAGGCAACGAGGAGUGCUCAUAUUGGCUGCCGCUUUAUGGCAGUAUGUGUAGCCGCCUCGCAGCUCAGCCUCACUGUAUGACCCAGCAGAUGAUGAGUGGAUGUUUGAAAGUUAAGCAGUUGGGCGGUGACCCUCAGAGUUGGACAACAGUGCACGGCGCUCUAAAAGGAACCAGCCUUUUCUGUUACCACCGGCAAGAAGACGUGGAGGCUAACGUCGAGCCAGCUUUCACUAUUGCCAUCAACAAGGAGACCAGAAUACGUGCGUCAGAGAAAGACCCUCAAAGUAAAGUUCAGAAUAUCUGCAUCAGUAACCAGUACGGAGGAGAGGAGGUCACACACACCCUGACAACAGACAGCAGGGACGACACACACCGGUGGAUGGAGGCCUUUUGGCAACAUUUCUAUGACAUGAGCCAAUGGAAACAGUGCUGUGAUGACUUAAUGAAAAUUGAACUGCCAUCGCCAAGGAAACCGGCCCCUGCCACACCAAAACAGGGCUCACUUUAUCACGAAAUGGUUAUUGAGUCGUCUGACGACCUCAGCAGCACCGUGUCAGACAUCCUGGCUCGGAGGAUGCAGGAGCUGGAGCUCCGCAGCCAGCUGGGCACCUCUCCCACCUGGAUGUCUGUGUUUGAGGAGAACAACCCCAUAAGCGCUGGCCGCCCCCGUCCCUGUACUUCUCGCCUUUCUGGCCACAGCCCCUGCACCCCUCAUCGCCUGCCCCGGAGCCCUGUGAGCCCCCACCGUUGCCCACAGCUGAGUCUGCUGUCCUCAGAUGCGAGCCUGACCUCGGACAGCGACAGCCACUGCAGCACCAGUCCCUGCUCUCACCGCCAUGGCUGGCCCGACCCUUCUUCAAUCUUCCCUCUUUUGUCGUCUUCCCCGUCCCGUCUGAGGCCACGCACCCUGUCGCUGGAUGCUAAGCUGAGCACCCUUCGAGGUAGAGGGUACGGAGGAGGAGGAGGGGCAUUCCAGUGCCACUGCCAGCCUCCUGCCUCCUCGCUGCUCGCCCCGCUCCCCGUCUCCUCUCGUUCGCCUCGAUCACAGCGCAUCACACAGACCACGCUCUCCUGCUCCAGCUCCACCUCCAGCAACAGCUCCAGCACCAGCGAGGGCAGCCACAGCCCCGAGUCGUCUGAGGGAGCCCCCUUCUCAAGGCCCUCCCCGGCUCGACGCAGCCUCAGGAACCUCAGGGCCAGGCUUGAUCCUCGCAACUGGCUCCAGAGUCAGGUGUGAACUCGCCCUGCCUGACAGACAUUUAACGCUGGCCUAAAGGCAACCGGGCUCAUUAAACCAUGGUUUACCUGGUGUGAACCAACCUCAGGCAGUCUACUAGGCCACAUGCACAGCCGCUGAGGAGGUUAUGCUGCCUCUUGCCUGCCUCCUGAUGGAGGAUGAAUCAUGAAAGACCCUCCUGGGGCAAAACUGGAAUGUCUAGUAACACAAAGGACAGGGUGACAAUCAAUGCAUUUUGCCGGGUUGCCACAAUUUUGAAGAUGGUCCAAAACUAUCCAAAACUUGCUUUGAGAAAUAGACUGUGGUCAUGCUGCUUGGGAGACAGUGAUGCUAAGAGCUAAGGACUUGCUCCAAUAAACACGCCACACUGGGCGCACUGUCCGUCCUUGGGCUCUAAUUAGAACUGGACCAUUUUUUUGUUUUGUCCUCUGCAUCAGCCAUCACGGCCACUCAUACAACAUUUCAAAAUCAUCUCUAUUAAUGCACUAACAGUGUUUUUGACUGGAUGCUUCCUAUCUGUAUUGUAUU